AUGCUCUUAUCACCGAGUACGCCACAUUUACAUUUCAGUAGAUCGCGGGAAAGUCGGGGUUUACCGUAUUGGGCAAUUGACCACACGAGGUCUGUGGCUGAUUUCGUUUCCACUCCGAACACCGCCCCGGCCUCCCCUCAAUCUUUCUUCUUCAUCUCCUCCCCUCUCUACAUCUCCCCGCUGCAUGGUGUAUAUACCCCCUUUCAUCCCGUCGUUACACUCGUUAUCCUAUCCUCCCCGCCCCCUUUCGUACCGCUAUCCCUAAACGCCGAACCUCCCGGUCCCGCCAUGCGAUUCUCUCUCCCUAGCCUCCUGGGGCUCUACGGGUUGCUCUCGACCAGCGCCAUCACCCUGGUCCGCGGAGAGACCAAUACCACCUUCAUGAACGUGCGAGAGAAUGUUGUCAAAGACUAUGAAACUGAAGGCUCUAUCCCCACGACAAAAUACUUCACGGAAUCUUCCUUCCACUAUCACUACGACGGCCGAUUUGCGACCAAACAACUGCCGGACCAUGAUGUCACGCCCCAUCUCUCCGCCUUGAUACAAACGUACCUCACGACCAUGGACUCCAUCGGCGCGGAGACUUGGAUCAUGCACGGCUCACUUCUUUCGUGGUGGUGGAAUCAGAAGCUUUUCCCCUGGGACAAUGACCUCGACGUGCAGAUUUCGGAACCGACGAUACAUUUCCUGGCCGAUUACUAUAACAUGACAGAGCACCACUUCGACCUUCCCGGCGUCACGGACGGCCGCACAUACCUUCUAGAAAUCAACCCCAACUACGUCGUCCGCAGCACCAAAGAUCGACUGAACGUGAUCGACGCGCGAUGGAUCGAUAUGUCCUCUGGUCUCUUUAUCGACAUCACCGCUGUGCGAAAGGACGACGCUAAGCGGGCAACCGGUCAGAAGGGUGCGCUGAUGUGCAAGGACCGCCAUCACUACGAGGAGGACCAGAUCUUCCCGUUGCGCCAGAGCUAUUUCGAAGAUGUGCCCGUCAAGAUCCCCUACGCCUAUACCGAGCUGCUUGUGGAGGAGUACGGCUCAAGGUCUCUGUCGAACAAGAAGUUCCAAGGGCAUGAAUUCAACGAAGAUUCCAAGCUCUGGGAGAGAUCUCUUAACAUGGCGAAACGCUUUCUCCGACGAGGCUGGCGAGGCAAUGACCUGCCUACUCGAUCGGCUAGUAACGAGCCUCUCAUUCGCUUUGACGAGGUUUGA